GUAUUUUUAAACCCAACUCUGAACUGGACAUUUAGAAGAUGACUUCAUCAUCUCAUACUUGCAGGAUGAGACAUUCUUAAACAGUCUCAAUCAGAGGAGGUUUUUCUGUCUUAUGGAUCUUCAGAUCUAUGUGAUAGCAUCCCUAAUUCCUCAAGGUAUCUAUUGGCAAGAUAUCUAUUCUUCAUGUGAUUACUGAGAGCUUGGCUAGAUACAUGGAUGCACACUGCAUUGUUGCCACAUUAUUUUUAAAAAGUGAAGAAAUGGAACCUGCAAAUUACACAAGAGUGACAGAGUUUGUUCUCACUGGCCUAUCCCAGACUCGAGAGGUACAACUAGUCCUAUUUGUUAUAUUUCUAUCCUUCUAUUUGUUCAUCCUUCCAGGAAAUAUUCUUAUUAUUUGCACAAUCAGGCUUGACCCUCAUUUGACCUCACCCAUGUAUUUCCUGUUGGCUAAUCUGGCCUUCCUUGACAUUUGGUACUCCUCCAUCACAGCCCCUAAAAUGCUCAUAGACUUCUUUGUGGAAAGGAAGAGAAUUUCCUUUGGUGGGUGCAUUGCACAGCUCUUUUUCUUGCACUUUGUUGGAGCCUCAGAGAUGUUCCUGCUCACAGUAAUGGCGUUUGACCGCUAUGCUGCUAUCUGCCGUCCUCUCCACUAUGCUACUAUCAUGAAUCGACGUCUCUGCAGCAUCCUGGUGGUUCUCUCCUGGUUGGGGGGCUUUAUUCAUUCUAUAAUACAAGUGGCUCUCAUUGUUCGACUUCCGUUCUGUGGGCCCAAUGAGUUAGACAGUUACUUCUGUGACAUCACGCAGGUUAUCCGGAUUGCCUGUGCCAAUACCUUCCCGGAGGAAUUAGUGAUGAUUUUUAGCAGUGGUCUGAUCUCUGUGGUAUGUUUCAUUGCUCUCUUAAUGUCCUACGCCUUCCUCCUGGCCAUGCUUAAGAAACAUUCAGGCUCAGAUGAGAGUACCAGCCGGGCCAUGUCCACCUGCUAUUCCCACAUCACCAUUGUGGUAUUUAUGUUUGGGCCAUCCAUCUACAUUUAUGCUCGCCCAUUUGACUCUUUUUCCCUAGAUAAAGUGGUGUCAGUGUUCCAUACUGUGAUAUUCCCUUUACUUAAUCCCAUUAUCUAUACCUUGCGAAAUAAGGAAGUAAAGACAGCCAUGAGGAAGUUGGUCAACAGAUAUAUUUUAUGUAAAGAGAAGUGAA